GCACGCUGCGCCAUCGCCGCCAGGGUGAUGGAGGACGACCUGCAAAGGUUCAUCCACAGCGUCGAGAGCAGCGCAAAGAAGAUCCUCAAGGUGCACACGAAGCGUGUACAAGACGAAGCUGCCCGAGAGCGCGUCGAGAAGGUUCGACCGACACAGCCCGCAGAAGUUAAGAGCAUCACAAGGGACGAGCUCAAGUCCAAGUAUCGACCAUCGUCCCUCAUUGUCCCAGCGCCAAUUCCAAAGUCUGGCGAUGGCGACGCCACAACUCACAGUAUGCCUCUGGUAAUGCAGUCGCCGCGUUCAGUUGGACAAGUCCUUCCACUGCCAGCAGCAGACAAUUCAGCCACUGCAUCUUCCUCUUUGACCGUUGCAACGUCAUUGCCAACGCUUGCGGUGAAGCGGCAUAAGCAAGAGCUCAAGGACAAGGCCGCGUCCAAGCUCGUCAACUCACCACUCCUCAAAGGACUGUCCAAAUCUUCCAGCUCAUCAUCACCCACCGCCUUUAAAGCAGCUCUGGCACAACUCAAUGCUGUCGACGACUUGCGAACGUUGGGACUCGGUGGAGGCAAGUCUGGCCCGGCCAACCACCGCCACGAACACAGCGUCGAGAGGCGAAUGUGCAACGCGUGCUGGGCAGAGCCCGUCAAACACACUUCGUGCGAACACCACUACCGCAAAGCCAACCCGAAUCCCAUGGAACUUCAGGGAGCAACGAGUUGGUCCAUUGACGAUCUGCAUUUCAAAUACCGGUCCGAGCGCGCGCGCGAAGCCGCCUGGGUCGCCUCGAUGCAGCUGCAAGAGGACGCACAGUCAUCACCAGUCGUGCCCAUUCUCGAGCGGCAUCCGAUUUACGACAAGUACUUCCACACGAUCGACAACGACAACAAGUAUGUCAAGAACGCGUCGCGUGCGAAGAACCAGACCAAGCGAUUCGUCCUCGAUGUGAAUCGAGUCUGGCUCACAAACCUCGACCAUUUUAACCACAUGGCGAAGGAUACGUGGACCGAGGACUUGCAGCACCCUGGGUUGAGGAAGAAAAAUUGUCUUCGCGGCCGUCAUGACCUCAGCUUGAUUCGUCAAGGGUAUAGCCAAGUCCAGUCCGUAUCCAUGGCAUGCGCUCUGCAAUACGCUCGACGCUCGGAGCCCGACAUAGAGUCGGCCGCAGCAUCCUCGUCCCCCCCCGACGGGACGCCUCCAUCUCCGCCCCAAUCAGUCAAAAUCAAGUCCCCCAAGGACGGCAUCGAAGCAGAGGGAACACCGUUAUCUAUCCUUGCGUGCGGCCGCAUUGACUAUCGCGGCCAAGUGCCGGGAACAGUUGUCCUCGCCACAUUCCCGGGGCUGUGGUGGUGCAUCUCGCCCGAGUCUUUCACUCGACCCAUUGCCAUGUACCUGCGGAAUCCAAAGCUGUCGUCGACAAACACGAUCCUUGUCCACGUGCUCUUGGCGUUGGACUCGCCCGUUUUGGCCCCAACGUGGUUUGCUUGGAUUCCAGGGACCGUUUGCGCGCCGGUGGAAACCGAGAUCGCGACCAUGUUCCAUCACAUUCCCCUUGUGUGCGGCCUUGUCGAGUCGCUGCCGACAGUCGUGUCGCCACUGGACAAUUACCUGCCGUCGACGAUAUCCGUUGCAAACGGAUGCGACGAAGCCUUGCCUGACGCCUCGGAACUCAACGACCUCAACUUCCGACAAUGGAUACGAUGGACCACCGUUCGACCCAACUUUGACUUGGAUGCCCAGGCGUAUGGCAUCGUUCAAGGCUAUUCCAACCAGACGGGGCUCAACGGACGGUUCAGUUGGCACUCGGAUGAAGUGGUUGACUCGCACACACUUAUUCGGCCCCGCCUCGAAGCCGACUAUGCCGUGCUCGCUCGCAAUCGCGUCGUCCGCGGCGGGAACGACCCCAACAUGUACACGAUGAACAUGCGCCACGAAUCCAUCGACAAAAUCACCACGAGUGGUCUGCGGGCGUUUCUCGCCGCCCAGGAAAAGGUCCGCGAAGACGAACGGCUCAAGCACCAAUUGCUCGAGAUCGAAACCAAGUUGCAAGCGGGGCGGCUAGCCUUGGACGCCAAACGCGCCGAGAAGCGACGGUGUGGCAAUUCGUAUCGUGCGACCCACGUCCGCCACGAACAACGGACCAAACAACUGGAUGGUGUACACGCGAUGCCAGACAGCACGGUUGCCGAAUGGGCGGACCGUGUAGCGCACUCGCGCCUCAUCCGCGACUGGAAUGGAUGGGAACAACGUGAAUUGAUCGAUUCGCACGUGCGGUUUUACCACCACACGAAUCCAGGAUUGACGAUGGCCAACCAGUGGCAUCCCCCCGACGGAUGGCCGCACGACGAGGCCUCGCUUGCCACAGCCGACGCUGACGACGACAACGACUCGACCGAAUCGGACGGACCCGACUCGGCGCGCAAGGCAUCAAGUAUCAACAAUUCGAUCGAAACGAUGGCGAAAGCACUUGCCGAGAACGAAUCCUUUGUUGCGAUGCUCCAGGAAAAGCUCGGACUAAAGCCUCGACAAGACCCGACCCGUCGGACUUCCUCCCUCCACACAGCUCCAUCCAACACCCACACCAACGACAGCUCCGACGACGACGAUCAAGACGACAGCGACGACACAAUUGCAGGACGCGUGCUGCGUAUGCUUGCCCAAGACGAUUCGACCCAAGACACCAACACAGCCAGCGUCAAGCGGCUCACUCGAUUGCAAAUUGUCAAGGAAGCGUCUCAAGUGAAGACGCCCGGAGAAGGGUGGAAGCGGCUUAAGCCCACGCGUUUGCCUCGAACGUUUGCCAGAAAAGUGUACAUGCCGACGAUCGCUGGCCCCACGGCGUCGUUCAUGAACCAAACCAACCUGCCAUUGAUCGUGGGCCUCCUCGACCCGAGCAAGGACGCAACGCACAUUCAACCGGACGCGGUGCCCGACUUCCGCCACCACAUCAUUCCGAACUUGGACUCGGAGAUGACUGCGAUGAAAAAAGUGCUUGCUGCGUCGGCCAAGAAAGGUCGACGAUCGACGAUCGUGCAAGUGUUCCAAGACGCGCCGGCCGACGAACUCGAAGCCGCGCCGGAAAAUCAAGUCACGGAAGCCGAGAGGAUUGCAAAAGCAGUUGUGUACACGCGCAACAACAACGUCAAGGAGCUCGAAAACAUGCUGGACGAAGGCGUCAACAUCAACGCCCGCGACGAAAACGGCAAUACGCUGUUCAUUUUGGCGUGCCAGCAAGGCAACAAGAACAUGUGCAAGUUCUUGAUGCGGCGGCGGUGUGAGCUCGACUCGCAGGCACGACCUACUCCAUUCAACUUUCGAGGCAACACGGGCCUGCACUACUGCUACGAGUACAAGUGGACCGAGUUGGCCUCGUAUUUGAAGGAGAAAGGCGCCAAGGACGACAUCCCGAACGCCGAGGGGCUCAUGUGCUAUGAAGGCAUCUCCAGCGACAACCUCCAAAAGAUUUAG